UGCGUCAUCAGCUGCCAGAGCUCUUUUUUUAGCUCUUUUCUCUUUCUCUUCUUUGGCUAUCAUAGCUUUUCGCCAAAACCUUAUCCACAGUCAACAGGCCACCGGAGCCCGUGAUAUCGAGUCCGCCCCCCUCUGUAAAGCAGAGUGGAGGUGUCGAGCAAAACAUCCUGCCAAUGGCCCCGAUACCGAUGAUGCGAAGCCUCGCGAGGCGUUCUUUGCUGCACGACUUCUCUCCCAAGUUCGUAUGCCGUAGUUGCAAGCAGCAGCGCCGCCGAUUUGCGAGCUCGAUAGCUACACCGGCCCGGCCACCGUCUUCAGGCCUAGCUGCCCUGUCCUCGAGGCAGCUGCUCUCAGUAUCUGGUCCCGACGCGGCCAAGUUUCUGCAGGGCAUCAUCACCGCCAACGUGGUCUCUAGCAAGGGCGAACCUCGGACCGAUGCUUUCUACACAGGGUUUUUGAAUGCCACGGGGAGGGUGCUACAUGACGUCUUCAUCUAUCCCGUUCGAGGCGCAACGGAAGAGGAGAAUGGCUUCUUAAUUGAGGUGGAUUCAGCGCAAAUCAAUGCGUUGACCAAGUAUAUCAAGCGAUACAAGCUCAGGGCCAAGGUGGCUCUCCGACAGAUAGAUGCAGGCGAGAUAGCCGUAUGGCAUGCAUGGAAUGAUGCCACUGGCGGGCAGCUCGACAUUGCAUCAGACGAAUCAAGGAUUGUCUUUGAGGACCCCCGGGCGCCAGGUCUGGGAUGUAGAAUCAUCCAACUUGCAGGCCAAAAGCCGCCUGAAGUUGAUAUCAACCAGGUCGGCGAAGCAGCCUACACGAUUCGCCGCUAUCUGCACGGCGUGGCAGAAGGCCAGGACGAGAUUCUGCGCGAGCAGGCCCUGCCUCUUGAGAGCAACAUGGAACACAUGAACGGCGUCGACUUCCACAAAGGCUGCUACGUAGGCCAAGAGCUGACCAUCCGCACCAAGCACCGCGGCGUCGUCCGUAAGCGCAUCCUCCCAUGCGUGAUAUAUGAGAAGGACAAGGCGGCACCCACGAGCCUUCACUACGAUCCCGAGAGCGGCUCCCCCGAGGCCCUGACGGCAGACAUGAUCCCCGUUGAGACCAGCAUCGGGCGGUCCGGCAAAAGGGGCCGCAGCGCCGGCAAGUGGCUUCGAGGAGUGGGCAACAUUGGGCUGGGGCUGUGCCGCCUGGAGAUUAUGACGGACGUGGUGCUGCCGGGAGAGCAGGCCGCCGCGACGUUCAAGGAUGGAGAUGAGUUUGAGCUGGAAUGGGGAGAAGAGGAUAACAAGAGCGGCGUCAAAGUCAAGGCGUUUGUUCCGGACUGGUUGAGACGGAGUCUAGACGAAGCGCAGCGGUGAUACCAUCACCAUGUAUAUUCUACGAGUGUAUACCUACCUAGGUAGGUAAGCACCAAAUAUGUACAAUAUUUAGACGAAAAAGAAUUCUCCAUCUUGCUCUGCCCUUCUACGUAAAAUAGCAUGUAAAUAUCACUUGGUUCC